AACUGGUUUAAGGAGUUUUAAUCUUUAAAAGCUCCAAAACAAUGACAUCUUGUUAAACGCCGCCAAUACAUCUCUGAACUAUAUUUGGGUUAGUUUAUGAAGGAGCUCUUUGCUAUGUGUUGAUUUACUGAGAGAUAAUAUAUCCAAUCUGGAGGUUCAGGAAACCUGGCAACACCCGAACUACUUCAGCAGAUUGCCACAAAACCUCAUAACUGGAUCCACAGCUAUGAUGGCUGGCUAUGGGGAUGUCGAUCGUGCAUCCAACAUGCUUCCAGGCGGGAGGAAGAUCAACGAGUCUUGCUCAAACACAGCACCUUCUCUGAAUGUUCCAGAAUGUGCUAUCUGCCUUCAAACAUGUGUCCAUCCUGUUAAACUGCCAUGCAAACAUAUCUUCUGUUUUCUGUGUGUGAAGGGAGCAUCAUGGCAAAGCAGACGGUGCGCACUGUGUCGGCAGGAAAUCCCUGAAGACUUCCUGGACAAGCCCGCUUUGCUGUCCCCUGAGGAACUCAAAGCAGCAAGCCGAGGGAAUGGGGAGUACGCUUGGUACUAUGAAGGCAGAAAUGGCUGGUGGCAAUACGAUGAGCGCACAAGCAUGGAACUUGAAGAUGCUUAUCUGAAGGGCAAAAAAACAAUUGAGAUGCUCAUAGCUGGCUUUUUGUAUGUUGCAGACUUGGAAAACAUGGUUCAGUUCCGACGUAACGAGCAUGGGCGACGUCGAAAAAUGAAACGAGACAUAGUAGAUAUUCCCAAGAAGGGAGUAGCAGGGCUUCGAUUGGACUGUGACUCCAAUGGUUUAUCUUCAGAAAGAGAGAACUCUGCUGAUGGAGCAGAUAGUGCAGCAGAUACUGGCUCCACAGCAGCUUCAGUGCAGCCUUCUGUUGCCAUAAUUAGGCCUUCGGUUAUGCCAGCAGUGUCCCUUCCUGGGCAGCCAGGCAGCCCACUAACUUUUUCACCAGAAGCCACUGUGUCUCUUGUGAGCUCCUUUACUCAGUUGCAGUUGCAAGAUCAAAGCACGACCAGGAGUCGGAGAGGAGAGGGAGAGGAGCAGGAGGACUCAGUGCCUACAGGUAGAGUGAUUACUUCACAAAGUGCAGCCAGCUUGCUUUAUGAUGGCACAGAGUCUGGUACUAGCAGCGAUAGUGAGGAUGAAAACACCAGCCAGCUUCAGUCUGUGUCAACCAACCACAGCAGGCAAAGACUCAUUCCUCCAAGCAGUGAAAGGGAAAAUGAAAUACCAGGAGGCGAACCAUCUCUGGAAGAGCCAAGUACCAGCGUAGGAGCCAGGGAGCAGCAACCUGAUGGACAGUGCACUGUAACAGAAGUCUAGAUCUUACGAUUACCGAUUCAGUAAAGAACAAAGCUAACAUUUGAGAAAUUAAGGGCAACUGAGAAACUUUCAAAUUUCUCACCCAAGAUUGCACUCAGAUAAAAUCGAAGUAAUUUUUAAAUACUUUACAUCUUUUUGACACAACUGACUCCUCUUCUGUUUUUGUUUUGUCAUAGACUGUGUAAAGUAGUUAAUGCAUGAUAUUUAUUGUGAUAGCAUUGAAUUUAUUUUCAGUGAUUUAAACAUUUCUGUUGAAUUUCAAACUGUCUCAACCCUUGUGCAUGUCUUGUAAAAUGUGAAUUCUGAACCUGUUAGCAAAAAAAACUGCGCUGAUAGUGGUGGAAGCCCCGAAACUUCCCAUUGGUAAAGUAUAUAAUGUGUCUCUUGUGUAUCAUAUUUUCAGAAAAAAAGUUGUCAAAGCUUACACGACUCUGUCAAGUGAGGGAGUUUGAAUACAGCUUUAUUCCUUGUGUACCUGAACUAAGAAUCACGACUUUCCUGUGUGUCCCCCCUGUAAUAUUUUAAUUUAUUUUCUACUUUGUGGAAAGGCAUGUUGUUACAAUGCCCUCUCUCUCCCCCACCCGCCAUCUAUCCAUAUAUCAUUGUCUGUAAUUGAGACUGGUAAUGCCUGUGAGCAUCACCUAUGUGGAUGAAAUUCAUUGAAAUAUUAGAUUGAUAGAAACAAUUAGUCGAGUUCCAAUUUCACAUUCUAACUACAGUAGGAAGUAAACCUAUAAAGAUUUCGCUAUUGGUCUAACAUUAAUUUCCUUUGUGAGAAGUCCUUUUUGAAACAAAGCCUUUGUGACCUUGCAAGCUUGGCAUCAGUCAAUAAUGCAUUUCCUCCCAUUCAUCAGACCUUACUGUACCUGGAUACUAGACCAGCUUUUCUCUUUCGAUGUUGCUAAAAUAUUUGGUCUCUAACUUUUGUAACCUGUGUAAUCUCCAAUAGUCUCUAAUACACUAGAUUUCUGUUUAUCAAAUGAAACUUUUAACUUGACUAUAUUGUUGUUUUUGUUACACGAUUUGUAUACUAAACUUAAUAAAUUGUUUUGUUUUAGCCUAAACAGCUAGACAUAAAUUUUCCCAGACUGAAGCCCAGCAUCAAUGUUGUUAGACAUAUUUUACUGAAGAAUGGACUAGCUGUGGCUAUUAUCUCAGCCUUUUAAUGUAAUGUGCACAUUUCUUCAUAAAAAGAAACAAGUAUUUCGAGAAGCAGGCUAUAUACCUCAUCUACAACUUACAAUUGGUAUUUUCCUAAAAUGUCUCCAAAGUUCCUGGCCUGAAGCAGCCUUACUGCUGUUCCUCCAUAUUUUUAGAAUUAAAGGCAGAUUGAUCCCUCCUUUUCUCCUCCCUUGCUCCCUCUAUUUUAUAUUUGUGGCAUUUAGUCUCAUCCCAAGAAAACUUGAGUAACGCAGAUCUAAAUCUGGAAUAGCUUACCGAAUAAAGUAGCAUAAAACCCUUUGAAUUACUAAAUAUAUAUUUUAAAGAAACCAAGGUAAAACUGGACAUAAAUAUAUUUCAAUUAAGAAUUUAAAUGUAUUCAGAUUUGAAGGCUGGCACAAUGUUAUUACUUAAAAUACAGUAGUCCUGGAUUGAAUCUAUAGAAGGGAAAAAACUCUAUUCCUGGAGGUAUUGAUUUAUUUUUCUGCUGAUUAUCACUAUUUGUCCUCUGGUUCUCCUUGGAUGAUUCUGAUGCAUUAUCCGCCAACAUGUUUAACAUGAGCAUUUUGUGAUUCUGCAAUAAAAUCGUUCCUGCAGGAAUUCUAAAUUAUAAUAAUGAGGAUAGUAGUAGCUAUUUUCAAGCGCAUUACAAUUAAACAUUUGUAUUUUAAGAAUUUUGGUGCUCUAGAAGUGAAAUUUUUGUGUGUUUGGAAUAAUUUGGGGUUUCUUGAAUCCAUUUGAUUUCUAAGCUACUUAAAAUGUAAUGUAAAACAUCUGAACGUUUAACUUGUUUGUGACUUUUCAUUGUUCAAUAUUGAAACUUUGCCUCCCCAACACAAAAUCCAUGAUUGAAUUAAGACAGGGCUGAACUUAGCUUGAAUGUUGUCUAUGAGGUGACAUAAAUACAAGCAAAAUAGGGCAAGGUAUUUGGGCUUGCCUAGUUUCAAUGCUCCUGCCUUCAUUCAUCAGUUAAAAGGCCAGUGUCCAUUGUAGGACUUGUGACUGACGCUUUAUGGCAUGACGCUUACAGACAUCUAUUGAAGCGUCUCAAAAACCGAAGGGAAAAAUUGGACGAAAAGAAAAUAACUGAUAUUUUUACAUAAAAAUACAAGAUAGUGCAUACACAAUGGCGUCUAUUUGUUUAGCAUCCUUCUUGUGUAGCUGAUGGCAUAGUCUAAAUCAAGCAUUUGAAAAAAAUUGUGCAUCCUGCUGUACUUUUACAAAUUGCUGUUAAUGGAGUUAUUGCUAAAUGCAUUUUAAAUAGAUCAUGGUAUGAAAGGCUAGUCCUUAUUUUAUUCACAUCUUCACACAGCAUCAAGGUUUUUUUGGAUACAUUCUUAUGUGUGUAACUUCCAGUUACAAUGAAAAUCAAAAUGAGUAUUUCAUGUGUUUUCCUUUCAGAAUCACCACGAUACAUCCUGUUUGCAACUAGUCUUAUCUAUUGGGUACUGUUGUUGGAGAAUGACGCUUUGUACUAGCUAUGUUGUGUCUGCUACCAUCUGAUUGAAAAUAUUGAACAGCAUUCUGCUAUUCAACAAGCUA